AAAAUACAGAUAAAUUUUGACUUACCCACACGCCUCGUCAAGCAGCGUAUUGAAGGUCGGAUGCACGCCCAUCAAUGCAUGCCCCGCCCGAGGCAAACGCUCGUCAGUACGUCCUUCAAGAAGUUGUUUUCUAAAAUUCCACGGACAGGCAAAACUAAGCAAAACUAACCAUCAAAUGGUAUCAUAUCAAAUCAGUUUCUAAUAUUCAAUUUUGUGUUACUUUAGUAAUAACAUUGUCGAAUGCCACUGUCGGACACGGAUACACCACCAAGACAAGAAAUGGAUGACCCUCUGAGUGAUAUGGAGGAUGAGUUUGAGGAACUCUAUGAAGAAGACUUAGAAAUGGUGGAUGAUGGCAACAACGGUGCGAUAGAAGAUAAUGACGAAGGAAUGGGUAGUGACGGAGAUUCCUCUGAAUUCAUUCCUGAAAGAGACGAUGCAGCCGUUGUAUUUUCCAAUCACACAGAACCGGUCUUUUGUGGCAAUUUCAACAAGGCAGCUACCCUCGCUGUGACUGGUUCGCAAGAUGACAAGGCAUUCAUCUGGGACACCUCUAACGGAAAUGUGAUUUCCGAAUUGAAAAAUCAUAAGGAUUCCGUCGUUGCAGCAGAAUUUAAUUAUGAUGAUACGCUACUAGCAACUGCCGAUUUGGGUGGAACAAUACAAGUGUGGAAUGUGACUUCAUCAGAAUUGAUAUGGAGUGAAAAAAUUGAAGAGUUCCGGUGGAUGAAGUGGCACUCGGCUUCAUCAGUGCUGCUCUGCGCGACUCCUCACGAAGGCACGUACUUCUGGAAGUUGCCUGAGGGCAUUUGCAAAGUGCUGCCGCAUCACGACCCGGCGGUCGCAAACGACUGCGGCCUGUUAAUGCCAGACGGCCUGCGUGCGGCCCAGGGCUACAGUGACGGCACCCUGAAAGUAUUCGACCUGAAAGCAUGCGCGGCCAUUGCUAGCUUUACGGCCGACAGUGCUGCCAACUGUCUCACGGCUCACCCCGAUAACAACCUGGUUGCUGUUGGAUAUGCCAAUGGUCAGGUCAUGCUUUACAAGACGAAUCCAGCAAAGCUAGUGACGGAAUUCAAUGAAGAAAGGACAGACAAUCUGCCGUAUGCCGAAAGCAUUCGCUUCAGUCCCGAUGCGAACCUGCCCUAUCUGGUGGUGGGCUUUCUCACAGGCUGCAUCAACGUCUGGGACUUGUCCAAGCAGACUCUGAGGCACAGAUUGAAUGCCACCUAUGGAGUGGUGCAACUGUGCUGGGACAAACACACGCUCAACAUCUUCGGAGGUCUGUGCGAUGGCUCGGUUAUUGCCAUCGAUCCACGAGACGGAACUAAGAAAGCUCAGUUGCUGGGCCACAAGAAUAAUAUUCUGGAUAUGACGUUAUCGACGGAUGGAUCCAAAGUACUAACCACUUCAGAGGACAAGACAGCUCGAAUCUUUCACAUUCAGAGUUUGCAAAAUUGAUAUAUUAAACCAGGGACAGCGGACAUCACCCAUGUAUCUUAUAUUGUAAUCAAUGGCGCUCACAUCUUUGUUUUAGUAACUUGACCGGACGUUCAAAGGUAAAUUUACUUUACCAUAAUAUGUUUCUUCUGUAAAUGUAUCAUUUAAACUGUACAAAUAAUGAAGUUUUGUAAAUAAAUCUUAUUUCGUACAUAAAA